GCCAGGAAAUGAUGAGUAACAAGGAGGGGAAGUCCUCCUGAACACGAAAUGCUGCUGGAGCUGCGUGAUGUGUCCUAACCGGUUAGCUUUGUCCUCUCCUUGAGCGAUAAAGGCGAAUCCCCAGGGCACAACAUCUGAACCCUUUGCGGGACAGCUGUCACCGGGUACCGCAGUCAGGGGCUCUCGGGAGCCUCGAUCGCAGCCACCGCCCGCGAGCGGAGGGAGGCCGGGUCUUCGUCGGACCGUUCCCAGCCACCGGCCAAGGCUCCGGGUCGCAGCAGGACGGCCAGCCGGCCCCCCGGGGUCCUCACCUGAAACCCCGCCCGCCGGCCGCUCGCGGAAACGCCUCCGCGCUGGGAAUGCCCGUCUGUGCACCCGAGCCUGACCCCUCCCUGCGCCCCGCGCGGCGCCUCCCCCCGUCUCCCCCUGCCCCGGGCGCUCCCCGGCCGGGCUUCCCCCUGCGCCCCGGCCCCGGGACGGUCUCGGGGAGCCGCCGCGGGGAGCGCGCAGGUGCUGGGAGACUUCCGGGGCGCGGGGAGCGCGGGCGGGGCGGGCCGGGCGGGGAGCUCCUUCGCGGGCUGGCGGGGCCCGGGGAGGGGCCAGGCGGCGGUCACUCCUCCCGGACCCGGGGGCGGCGGCGCUGGCGCUCGAGGAGGCUCUGGCGGACCGGCGGGGCGCUCCGCAGCCAUGAAGGGGCCCUGGGCCGUCCGUUGGCUGAUACUUACCUCUGUUGCCGGAUCACUGUUCAGAGGCGACAGUGCUCAGGUCGCCGAUGUCAACUCCAAGGUGUUGAAAUUGAGUAAGAACGCUACCGAAGGGGAGCCUGGAUGCAAGGAAGGUCUGCAUCGUGGGAGCAAGUUCUGCUGUCUGCCAUGCUCUCCUGGCACACGAAAAGCUGCCGACUGUGAAGAAGAUGGGGGUACAGCAUCCUGUAUACCCUGUGAAGAAGGGAAGGACUACACAGACACGAGCCAUUUUUCUCCCAGAUGCAGAAGAUGUAGAAUUUGUGAUGGAGAGCACGGCUUAGAAGUGGAAAAAACCUGUACCCGGACCCAGGAUACCAAGUGCAGAUGUAAAUCAAACUUUUUUUGUAACGUCUCUCUGUGUGAACACUGUAACCCGUGCAUGAUGUGUGAACAUGGAAUCCUUGAGAAUUGCACACCAACCAGCAACACCAAAUGUAAACAAGGAUCCAGCUCCAAACUUCUGUGGCUUUGUGCCCUGCUCCUGAUUCUACCGUCCGCACUAGUAUGUUGCUGUGUGUUGAAAAAGUACAGGAAUACGAAGAAUGGCCGCCGGAGAUCUACAGUCUCAUCUACUGUAGGUGUUGAAACGUGCAUCGGCUUCCUUAAGGAAACAGAGAAAGAGAGUAUCCCAAUGAAUUUCGCAGACAUCGACUUGAGUAAAUACAUCAGUAGCAUUGCCGAACAAAUGAAAAUAACUCAAGUCAGAGAAUUUGUCCGCAAGAACGGUAUCAACGAAGCCAAAAUAGACGAGAUCAAGAACGACAACCUCCAAGACACAGCUGAACAGAAAGUCCAGCUGCUCCGGAAUUGGUACCAGCUCCAUGGGAGGAAGGGCGCAUAUUACGCUCUGAUGAAAGGCCUCAGGAAAGCCAAUCUCUGCGCUCUUGCCGAGAAAAUUGAAGAUAUGGUCCAGAAGGACAAUGCGGGCUAACUUGAGAAUGGAAACUGCAAACACGAAAAUGAAAGACGAAGCCUGGCUGAAUGUGAAAAACAACUCAGUUCUGAGUGUCUACUAGUCCAUACAGAGCAAAAUGAGCGUCGGAAUGAGUUCUUAAUCGCUGUUGACCAUCCACACCGUUCGCGUGUUUACAGGGCGUGUUUACUUUUUCAUUCGUUAGGUUCUAGAGCUAAUAUAUUUACGGGUUUGGAGGGUCUCGUGAUUCUGACUUGAAGGACAUUGGGAAGACAGAGCCGGUUCAAAGUAAAUAUAGUAGCAUGACUUGUGUACAAGUGUGUGUGCAGAGGAGAAAAGAUUGGGAACACACUCUCGUGUCUAAACUCGAGUCAGAGGGUGUGGGUGUGAAUAGCAUCCGUGCAUGUGAAUGCAAAUGUCUAUCCCUAGGUUGAUUCCCCUCCAUAAAUCAAUAGAAGCUGUGAGUUUGUUGCGAUGUCACAAUCACUGAAAAGACCACUUCGCCUGUACCUUUACCUCCGUACUGACUCUAGAGAUCCCAUUGUUUUUGUAAACUUUCCACUCCGAGAAGAAUAUUUGAGGAAAGUUUGCAUGUGCUCUGAAUGUUUCUAUCUCAAAUAUCUUUGUACAGGUUACUGGCAUUUCCUUGUGAGGUAUUUCCAUGUUGAAUUCACACAGAAAAUGCAGACUGGAUUAUAACGCUUGGAUAUUUCCUAUUCGUCCGUACGCCAUCUUUCUGGAUCGGGAUGACUCACUCACUUCUCAGGUGUCGAAAUGUUUCCAUCAAGGAAGGACUACUGGAGCUUUGUUGCCUGUCCAUUCUCUGCCUGAUUGGCCUUGUUUGCCAACACGCUCUCCAACCCAGAAGUGCGGCCUAAGAAACCCUUAAUGAUCCGCUAAAAGCCGCUUAAUGAUCUAUCUGCCCAUAGAAACUUCUGGCCUGCUUUGGAGAGACUAACUGCUGUUACAGAAGGUGGCCUUGUGGUCUUUCAAGGACCCACAUCUACCACCGAAGAUGAUAAUGUAGAUUCCUAUCUUGUCCUGUUCCUCAAAAAAUGCUCAGUGAGGCUGCACGUGUCCUCUCUGGCGACAAGCCUACAGACGCAGCUCAGACACAGCAAAAGGGUGAAAUCAUCCUCAGGUUUUAGGAAGGCUUUUGUUACUCCCUGCAGCUUCCGAGACAAAGAAGCCCCCCUCCCCGCUGCUCCUUCCUUUUACCUGUAAACACUUCCGAAAGUUCGUGUUAAAUAUGAAUUUUAAUAAACGCUAUUUAUAUGUAGGUAGAUGUAAAUCGAAGAUAGUGAUAAACCGAAGCAGAUAGUUACAACCACCUAAAGAGCUUCCAUUGGCAAAGGAUCUUUUUUUCUUAUGUUUGGAAACAUAAAAUAUUUCAUUAAAAUCCUGUUUUUGGCA